AAAAUAAAAAAAAAUUAAACUCAGAUGGAAACUGAAAUUGUUUUCUCCGAAGUGUUUGUCGAUCACUCUUGACUUCCUGAAAAUGUUUGACAGUUUCAAUACAAAAUUACCUUGCACAGGAGGACGGUUUUGGGCUGGGUGUAAAGGAUGGACCAGGUUUACUACCUAUAUCGGGAAUCGCUCUUGAACGUGACGAGAACCAUGGACGAAACCAAUCUGGGCAACGAGGGUGAUAGCUUUGGCAUGGGCGUCAUUCGUAAAGAGAUCGACCUCACCAACGAGGAAAAACAAUACCUACUCGCGGUGGAGCGAGGUGAUAUUCCGUCAACUAGACAGUACUUGUCUUUAAUUGGUCAUUGCUCAAAUUUGAACAUUAACUGUGUUGACCCGCUUGGAAGAACAGCGCUCCUCGUCGCAAUAGAGAAUGAGAACAUCGAAAUGAUAGAACUGCUGUUGUCACACAACAUCGAGGUCGGUGAUGCACUCCUGCAUGCCAUAAACGAGGAAAACGUAGAAGCGGUGGAGCUCAUACUGAACCAUGAGGUCAACCUUAAGGGAGAGGAGGUGCUUCAUGAGACUGCUCCUUCCAGCUCUUUCACGCCUGAUAUCACACCUAUCAUCCUCGCUGCUCACCGUGACAACUACGAGAUCAUCAAAAUACUCCUUGACCGCGGAUUCAGAAUUCCCAAACCUCAUGAUGUGCGAUGCAGUUGCAAGGAUUGUGUCACACAAAGCUCAGAAGACAGUUUACGCCAUUCGCGAUCCAGGAUUAACGCUUAUCGUGCAUUGGCCAGUCCAUCUUUAAUAGCCCUUUCUAGCAAAGAUCCAAUUUUGACUUCGUUUGAACUCAGUUGGGAAUUGAAACGUUUAAGUAAACUUGAGAACGAGUUCAAAGUAGACUAUGAAAAACUUGCCAAAAAGUGUCAAGAAUUUGCUGUUGAUUUGCUUGAACAAACACGAGGCUCUAAAGAGCUUGAAGUGAUAUUAAAUCAUGACUCAACACGUCCAGAGAAUGAACAGAAUAUACCGGCCAGCGACAACAAAAUGAAAUUAAGUCGUCUCAAACUCGCCAUCAAAUACAAACAGAAAAAGUUUGUCGCCCACCCGAACUGCCAGCAGCUACUUGCCACCUUGUGGUACGAGGGAUGCCCUGGGUUCCGACGCCGGAAUAUUGUUUGGAAGCUCAUUAUUACGGUUUUCAUCGGGUUUAUGUUCCCGAUUCUCAGCUUUGUUUACCUCAUCGCCCCCAAGAGCAGCAUCGGCCACCUUAUGCGCAAACCAUUCAUCAAGUUUAUAUGUCACAGCUCAUCAUAUAUCUUAUUUCUGACUUUGUUAAUCCUGGUAUCCCAGCGUGUUGAGAUUCCAUUCCUGGACAACCACACAGCCUCGUUUGUAAAAGACACGAAAACAGAGCUCCGUGGGGCACCUGCUACAUCCAUUGAGUGGAUGAUUCUUGCGUAUGUGGUGGGAUUAAUAUGGACAGAGAUUAAACAGCUGUGGGACGAGGGCGCGGAUGAGUAUUGUCACGAUAUGUGGAAUAUACUGGACUUUGUCACCAACGCGCUGUAUAUUGCCACACUCACUCUCAGGGUUAUUGCAUAUCUACAGGUUCAAAAGGAAAGAGAACUAGGCCGCACAGAGCAGGCAAAUCUUCAACGCCGAGAAUGGGAUGCCUACGACCCGAAUCUGAUCGCAGAGGCCCUGUUUGCAGCAGCGAAUAUUUUUAGCUGCCUAAAGCUCAUCUACAUCUUCACUGUGAACCCCCACCUUGGGCCACUUCAGAUCUCCCUCGGCCGUAUGAUAAUGGACUUGAUGAAGUUUGCAGUCCUCUAUCUACUGUUGCUCUUCUCGUUUGCGUGCGGCCUCAACCACCUUCAUUGGUACUACUCAGCUUUAAGGCGGGAGGAGUGUAACGUGCAGGAGGGACACCAGGUGUACACGGCUGAUGCAAAUGGGAACACCUACCAGAUGGACGCAGAUCCAUGUGAUAGGAGAUUUAAAAGUUUUGCCAACCUUUUUGAGAUCAGUCAGAGCCUGUACUGGGCCAUCUAUGGUCUCGUCGACCUGGAUCAUCUUGAACUAGAAGAGGACCAUGAGUUCACGGAGUUUAUCGGCAAGCUCAUGUUCGGCAGUUACUCUUGGAUUGGCUUUGUUAUCCUGUUGAAUCUGCUCAUUGCCAUGAUGAGUAACUCCUACCAGAAUAUCUCGAGCCAGGCAGAUGAAGAGUGGAAGUUUGCACGUUCUAGACUGUGGAUCAGUUACUUUGAUGAGAGCGGCACCCUCCCCGCACCUUUCAACAUCAUCCCAAGCCCCAAAACAUUCUACUACAUUCUGCUCUGGUUUCGGGAAAAAUUGUUCAUCUGCUCCAAGGAUCGGAAACGAAAUCGCUGGCAAAGCAUACGGCGAAUAAGAUUCUUUAAAAAAGUGGUGAAGAAGCUCAAUGAAAGAGAAAUAAGAUACCAGGCAGUUAUGCGAGACCUGAUAAAGCGCUAUGUGAUGGCCAAGCAGCGAAGUCCACAAAGGGGAGAGGGCGUGACGGAAGACGAUGUGAACGAGCUAAAACAGGACAUUUCCUCGUUCCGAUAUGAGCUCCUAGAAAUCCUCCGUAACAAUGGCAUGAAAACUCCAAACCUCAAUUCGGGAAAGCCUUCUAACAGAAGACUGUCAAGAAGGAAAAACCAAAGACGCUCCUUGGAGACUCUAAAAAAAUCUUUCAGCCCAGCAAACAAUGUUGAUGGUAGCUCUACAGUUACCCCCAACACCUCUUCCCCGGAACUCUUGACGUUAGCUCAAGAGUCGCCUGAGCUACUUGGAGGGUUUCGGCCACCACCAAUAUCACGCGGGUGUUCUAACGAGAUUCCUGAAACAAUUCAAGAGGAAUCGGAGAGUAGACGGGGGAGCUUGGCAGAAAUUCGGAGAACAAGCAUGGAAACAUUACAUAAACAGAGCUUACACAGUCACUUUGAGACUUUAGCUGACAUUGCCCAGAGCUCAGAGGAGUCAGCUAAUUCUGUGUCGAUAAAUAAUGAUUCUCUUGCUACAGGGCAAAAUACUAAAGUUAUCUUUAGCAAUACGGAACUAAACAGGGCUGGAUCUACUAGGUCACAGACUUAUGGGAGUGUUGUGCGAAAUAACAGUGAAAAAAAUCCCACAAAUAAUGUUUCUGAGGACGGAAAUGAAAGUGUGUCCCUUCAAGUUAGUGAUAGCUCACCAUCAGUGAAGAGUUUGUCAAACAAUACAGGAAGUUCUGGCCGUGUUCAACCAUUAAAAAGUGACAGCUUUGAAAAGGCUGUUGGUUUCCUGUUGGAAUCAUCAGUGAAAAAGAAUCAGCAGCAGACCAGGAAGCGUGUUAACUUUAACUAUGUAUGAUGGGUGUCAUGGUGUUAUGUGUCAUCACUCUGUUCUUUCAUAUCAUGACCAUCCUGCUUAAUUGUAGGUUUUUCUUGUGUAUUUCUAUUUAGACAGGCUUUCUACUGACUUAAAAACAAAAAAGGAACUUCAAAGUUGUAGAUGCUUUUACACAAAAUGUUAGGGUAAUGUAAGUUCUGAAGAAGCCCUGACACACAAAAUGGAAUAAAGUAGGAGUUUUUGGCCUAUUGCCUUUUUUUAUAAAAAAAAUAGUUUUUCUGCGCAUUGAACACUUCCAAGCCAUGUAUGUGUGGUUCCUUCUGAAAAAUUGACACUGUCAGAGACAGAGCACUUCUCUUAACAGUCUCAGUUUUAAUAUUCAUUGGAAAAUACACUUUUUAAACAAAUAGGUGUAAAAGAUCAUUUGGCGCAAUGUCUGUGAUAACUUGGGUAUGCAUCUUUAAUAUGGGUUUAGUGGGAAUGUGUAUCUGAGCUGUUUCAGGCACGAUAUAACAGCCAGGAAUAGGGCAUACCAAUUGUAGAAAGCCUGGUUAGUCUAUUAUUUCUGUUAUUCAGAUUAGUGCCAUGACAAUAGGAACAUGAAGGAAGAACUAGUAAUGCCACAAUCUCAAUUAUUUAAAGUAUGGUAAGGCCAGAAAAAAAAACUGCCCCUACCUUAUUUAUAAGAAGUGGUUGAAAAAUCAGGAAAAUAAAGCUUAAAUUUUCACAUAUCUUCAAGAAAAAAUAUAUAAAACUGCCAAUAUUAUUCAAAAUCUGGAAGCACAUGAAAACCCCCCAAAAAAAUUCAGGCCUUACUGUAACUCGAUCAUACUUUAAAUGUUACCAAAUAUCUUGUUUAAUUGAUACAUUUGAGCGUUGUCCCACAAUACCGUGUGAGGGUUGUCCCACAAUAGCAUGAGUAUAAAUGCUUUUGUGUUUUUGUUGGCAUGAAAUGUCUCUUUACUGCUCAGUUUUCAUGCUGGAAUCGCUAUAUAACUCUACACUUAAUGAAAACAAUGAAUAACUUAAUAAGAACAUUGGCAUUCAUGUCAGAAGCCUUCUUAAUGAUUUAAUGAAAAUUUGGUUGAUGCCAUUAGCAGAGACAUGAGAGUAAACACUAUGUGUAACCCGAACAAAAGGUCAGGUGCAUGCCCAUUAUUUUAUGGAUAUCUAUGUGAGUAUUUAUACCGAUGAAAUACUGAAAUACAGAUGUAAGUACACAGGCGCAAUUAUGAAAAUUACAAUUAUCUCUUCCAUCAGUGAUAUAAAAAUUGCCAAUGGUGAAGUUUCAUUUAAAGUUGCAAGAGGUUACGGUAGGUUUGAAUAUUUUUAAAAUUUUCACCAAGAGCUUUUUUUCUAUAGACAUAAUGUUAUUCAAGAAACAAAUUAAUUAAGUUCACUGACACAGCUUUGCAUCCUAAUGAUGGAUGGUGUACCUUAUAAUUUCUGGACCGGUAAGCUGUACAUACCUUAUAAAAGGUCUAAUUUGAGUAUCAAAACUCUGAUAAAGCUUUUUUAAAGUCUACAAGAAACCUUAGUAACCUCUUGAAGUGCAACAAAACUGGGAUUUAUCAAGCACAAUUCGUCGACUGAGUUAUGACCCCAUUGUAUUUUGUUGCAAAUUAAAGAUAUGUGAAAUUAAAAUCUGUCAAGCAUUUUAACAUUUCCUUCAUUCAUAAUCUGCAGAUCAAUUUAUUAACAACAUUAAUCAAUUCACAGCAAUAUUCCUAUAAAUUAUUCAAUCCAUAUUAAUCAAUCAUAAAAAAGUCUGUAUUGACUUUCAAAUAUGACAUUGACAUUUUAGAUGAGAGCAAAAAAGUUGUGCUCUACAGGUUGAUUAAAUUCUCAUUAGAAUAGCAAAUCAUUCCUAUGAGGUUCAUAUUAACAUUAAACUCGAAGUGUGACCUUGACUUUUGAGCGUGCAUUUUAUGCGUGACACACCUUGAAUGGGGUUCUGUGAUGUUUGAUUUAAUUGACUUUUAAUAGUUAAAAAUUUAUGGACCAGUUGCUGAUUAUUGCUGUGAAAUCCAUAUUGUAUAAGUUAUACAGUAUAACAUUGACUUGCAUUUGUGACCUUGAGCAUGAAUUUAGGAGGGACAGACAGACGGAAAGAAAACAAAGAGGGAAUCAAUUAAACUUCACAUAAUUUUGAAAGACGCAAGGAUGGACAUGCAGACAGUGCAAUGACGUGCCAGAAAUGUGAGACAUUGAAAAACUUCACAUAAUUUAAAAGAAGCAAGGACGGAAUGUGCCAGAAAUGUGGACAUUCUAAUUGGAAUUUAGACACAUGCCAGAAAUGUGAGACAUUUUAAUAGGAAUUUAAUCAAACUUCACAUAAUUUGAAAGAAGCAAGGAUGGAAUGUGCCAGAAAUGUGGACAUUCUAAUUGGAAUUCAGUCAUGUGCCAGAAAUGUGAGACUUUUUAAUGCAGGACAGAGAGUGCAACUAUGUGCCAGAAAUGUUGGACAUUUAAAUGGGAAUUCAAUCAAACUUCACAUAUUUGGAAAGACGAAUGGGCAGACUGUGCCAGAAAUGUGGAUAUUUUAAUGGGAAUUCAAUCAAGUUUCAAAAUAUUGGAGAGACACAAGUACAAACAGACAGUGCAAUUAUCAUGUUCACUGAAAUAUGGGUCAUAAUUUUUUUGAUAAAUAAGGCACAUAAUUUGAGGUUAAUGGGCAAGAGUUUUGCUUAAUAACGGUCAUGACAAGGCAAUUGAUUGUAUUUUUAUGUUAUAGAUAUUAAGUUAAUAAGUUGGUAUUGUUAUUUCUAGUUGUGGCGAUUUUUGAAAACCAUAAGCGAAUAUUACUGGCUUAGGUGGCAAUAAACUGAUUUUGCAGACAAUACACCAUCAUUGUUUUGUCACAAAGAAUUUCAUUAUAUUUUGGGACAUCCCUCAUUCAUUUGUGAUCAUUCUUACCAGUUGCAAUAUUUAUUUUUAAGCAAUAUUCCAUAUAAUUGAUAAUCUUUUAUUUUGUUUUUUGAAGAAAUGCCGCAAUUCCUCAUUGCUGUUUUCAAUGUGUUUUUGUUUCUUUGAAUCUGCAAAAGUAAACAACUAAAGUGGUCUAAAUUUAAAAUUGCAAAAUAAAGAUGUUAUCAUUUAAGAAAACAAUAAAAAAUACAGUUCAGACU